AUGAUGAAAAUAUUCCUUGUUCUCUUUCUCAUUUUUCUCAUAGUCACUGCGACCGAUAUCAAACCACCUCACGUAGUACCUGUGAAGAAGUGCAAAACGGAAUCGAGUGAAGAACAUCUUCAUCGCUCGGAAUUCGGUGAUCAGUCGGAGGAUGUAUCCCAUAAAAAUGAAUCCAGCACACAUUCAAGAUUGCUGCGGUCGCAAGUGGCCGAGCACCCUGGAUACCCAAACAAAUGCACCUAUCGUGUCAGCACUGAAUGGUCGGAUACCGUCAACACGUCCAUCUGCACACUUCUCUGCCUCGGUCUUGCUGUCCUCGUCAUGCACUCUCUCUCAACGACACGAAAGAAGAAUGACAAUAAUAUGAAAACUAUCUAA